AUUGCUUGUACUCCGGCUGUUCCAAUGAGCGACGACGAGCUUGUGGCGGCUAGUGCGGCUUUUAGUGUAAUUUAUUGUGUAUUAAAUAAACAAAAAACAAAAAUGAGAAAGAAGAGACGGUGGUGGGUUACGUCGUUAUUUAAAAGUCGAAGCAAAUGCAGUGGAAGCAAUUUACUUAGCGACCUUAAUAUUGAAAACCUCCACUUUCAUACAUUCUGUAGAAUGUCGCCUACUAAUUUUGAGGAAAUCAUAAUUUUAAUCGGCCCAAAAAUUAUGAAGAAAAACACAACAUUUCGAAAAGCAAUUCCUGUAAAAGAACGAUUAGCUGUAACACUAAGAUAUUUAGCAUCGGGUGAUUCGUACACUAGCUUAAGCUUUUUGUUUAAGUUUUCCAAGCAGUCAAUUUCGCUGAUUGUGCCAGAGGUAUGCAGUGCUUUAUGUGAAGUUUUUCAAGAUUUUAUAAAGAUGCCUCAAACAGAGAAUGAGUGGCUUCAAGUAGCAGCUCAAUAUCAAAGACUAUGGAACUUCCCACAUUGCAUGGGGGCAAUGGAUGGCAAACACGUUGUUCUUCAGUGUCCAGUAAAUACAGGCAGUGACUAUUUUAAUUACAAAGGAACUUUUAGUAUUGUUCUUUUUGCUGUUGUUAAUGCCGAUUAUUGUUUUCUCUACGCUGACGUGGGCUGUCAAGGUCGAAUAUCAGACGGCGGUGUUUUUCGCAAUACAACCUUUUACAAAAAACUGGAGGAUGGCUCUUUAAAUCUUCCAAGUAGUAGAAAACUUCCUGGUAGGGAAAUGUUGGUCCCGAAAUUGGAGAAAUGA